CCUCUAUUAUUCCAACAAUAUGAUGCUAUCCCAAACCACGUCUUACAGAAACAUUGUGUCCCUUUUUUCCACUAUGCAGACUAAGAAACUUCAUAGUACUAUUAAAAAACAAAGUCAUCCUGAAAGGAAGAUUUCUACCUAUAAACCAAACAUUUGGAAAUAUGAUCAUCUACUUACUCUUACAAGUGAAUAUUCUGAUGAGAAGUAUAAAGCUCAGGCUGAGAAGCUAAAAGAGAAAGUCAGUUGCACGUUUUCAAACACUAUUUGUCCCCUGGACCUGCUAGAGCUUAUAGACAGCAUUGACAAACUUGGACUCAGUUGUUACUUCGAGGUUGAAACCAAGGAAGCUUUAGAAAAGAUAAUAAUGUCCGUGAAAAGCAGUGGUUAUUAUUCGAGCUCGAAGGAGGAGGAUCUGUAUGCGAUUGCAUUGUGCUUCAGGCUACUCAGGGAACAUGGCCACCAUGCUUCACAAGAUAUGUUAAAGGACUUCUUCGAUGGCAAAGGAAAGCUGAAAGUCUCAGAUGUGAAAACAUUAUUGGAGCUUUUGGAAGGAUCAUGUCUGAGCGUGGAAGGUGAAAACGUACUAGACGACACACGAUUGUUCACAACCAAAAAUCUCAAGAGUCUUCUAUCUAAAUCAGAUUACACAUUUACUACUAAGGAAUAUUUGAGAAAUAGGUUGAGUUGUCCAUUGGCAUGGAGAGUGAAAUGGUAUGCCGUAAGAACACACAUCUCUGCUCAAGAACUUGAAUGCAACGGCACUAAUCCAAUGUUGCUGAAGUUGGCAAAACUUAACUUCAAUAUAAUUCAAGCCACGCACCAAAAGGAUCUCAAACACGUAUUAAGAUGGUGGAUGAAUGUUUCAAUAGUUGAAGAUUUGAGCUUUACAAGGGAUCGGAUAGUAGAAAGCUUCUUUUACGCUGUAGGAGUUGCCUCUGAGCCUCAACAUGGAAGCAUGAGAAUAUGGCUCACCAAAGUGAUUGAGUUGGUGCUAAUAAUAGAUAAUGUUUAUGAUAUUUAUGGUUCAUUAGCCCAAGUGCAGCAAUUCACUCGUGCCAUAGAGACGUGGGAUCCAAAUGAAGUAGAAGGGCUGCCAGAAUGUAUGCAGAUCUGUUUCAGGUCUUUGCAUGAUACAAUAGAAGAGAUAUCUGUUGAAAUUCAACAACAAAAGAGUGGCCUUUCAGCAUUACCUUAUCUGAAACAAGUGUGGGUCAACUUUUGCAAAGCCUUGCUGUUGGAAGCAACGUGGUACCACAAAGGCCAUAUACCAACACUUGAAGAGUACCUUAAUAAUGGGUGGAUCUCAUCUUCCGGCCCUUUGCUUUCCUUUCAUGUGAUUUUUGGUGUAACAAAUAAAAUAACGAAAGAAACCCUUCAUUUAUACGAAGAUUGCCGUGAAAUUAUUUACCACACUUCGGUUGUAAUUCGACUUUGCAAUGAUCAGGGUACCUCAGCGUCGGAGCUAGAGAGAGGUGAUGUUGCUUCAUCAAUUUUAUGUUACAUGCAACAAGAAAAUGUUUCAGAGGAUGUAGCCCGAGAGCAUAUCGAAAGCAUAAUUUUGGAUUCGUGGAAAAAGAUCAAUUACCAUUUUAAUACUCUUUCUACAUCACAACAAAAACUCGUCAAACAUGUAGUAAAUGAAGCACGGAUGACACAUGUCAUGUACCAAUUUGGAGAUGGAUUUGGGGUUCAAGAUGGUGAAACUCGAGAUCAAGUCUUGUUCAACUUGGUUAAUCCUAUUACUUAAUUUAUGUGAUAAUUUAAUUUCGGCCUAUUCACUUUCGUCCUAUUCAUAUUCAUGGUGGUCUGGCAUACUUGUAAUUUGCCAA